AUGCCGUCGCCGGACGCGGCGGCGAGGCACACGGGCGCCGGCGUGGCGCGUCGGCAGGCCCACCACGAGCGGAUGCGCGACGAGCGCGCUCGGGAGGCGGCCGCGGGCAACGCGGAGCUUCCGCCGGAGGACGACGCGGUCGAGAUGGCGAGCGCCGCCCAGCUGCUGGACAGGGUGGCGGAGGCGGGCCCGAACUACACCCUGCUAUGCAGCAAGGAGACGAAGGCGAAGCGGCGGAAGCGCAAGCGCGAGGAUGUCAGGGCGGCGCUCAACGGCCACACUGUCCUGCCCACCGGAUCGCGCCUCGAGAUCUUCUGCGACACCGAGCGGUGGUACCCCGCGACCGUCAUGGGGCGGGAAGAGGACGUGGACGGACGGAUCGUGCACGAGGUCGAGUACGACGGCUACCCGGAUCGGCGGUGGUGGCACAUGCUGGACGACGAGCGGUGGCGAGCCGUCCCAGAGCAGGCCGGCACGGGCGCAGGAGGCGGCGCCGCAGACGUGGAUGGGGAUGCGGCGAUGGACCGCGCGGACGGCGAGGGCGCCCGUGCCGUGCGCGACGCCGAGAACACGUUCGAGGCGGCCGAGGCGCGGCCGGCGCCGCCUCCCGCGCGCCGGGGUGUGCGGCGCAGCGCGCUGGCGGACGUCCUCGAGGCGGAGGAUGACGAGCGGCAGGACGAGGCUGCGCGUGGCGAUGAGCAGCCGAUGCUAGCGCCCCACGGGCCGGCGCUGUCGGUGCAGCUUCGGCGCGUGCGCCUGCAGCUGCGCGAGUUCCUGGCAACGCAGGCCGCGGCAGUGAAGAGCGUGCCGAUGCAGCGGACGGCCCUCGGUCUGCACCCGACGAUGCGGUGGACGAUCCGCUUCGGCAAGUGGCUGGCGACGACGCGAGUCAGAGCAUUGAGGGCGAGCCGGUGGCACGCGACCGAGCGGGGCGACGCGCGGGAGGAGGAGGAGACGGUGCGCACGGGUCGCGGCGAGAACACGGUCUACGUCGCGCUGCAGCACAUGAAGAACCACGUGUGGCGCGAGAUCUGGCCGGCGAUGCCGAGCGACGCGAGGCAGUACUGGCGGCUGGUGACCAACCAGGUGAUGUCGCUGUUCGACGGCGGCGGCGGCGGGAUGAAGGACGCGGCAGGAGCCGCCGGCCGGGCGGCGGGCCGCGAGGCGGCGCGGGAGAGCGCGUCGCACGGACAGAGCGAGGCGGCGCAGCGGGCGGCGAGCGAGAGGGCGAGCGCCGAGGCGAGCCGGCGGACGAUGGCCGAGCUGCGCGAGGCGACGACGAAGCCGUGCACGAGGCAGCACCUCUUCCAGGUGGGAGAGUACCAGAUGCAGGACACGCAGCUGCUAGAGCCGUUUGAGGUGAACGUGGCCUUCAUCAUGAACGCCUACUUGUGCUUCGCGCGGCAGACCGGGCACGAGCUGCCGCCGCUGACGAUGGGCGACCUGUCCAUCGCCGCGGAUGUGCUGCUGCGGGGACUAGGCGGGGCGGGCGUGAUGACCGAGGGCGACUUCGAGGCCCUCAUCCGAAUGGAGAUGAUGCGCAUCGGGACGCUGGCGAUGGUGCGCCUGCUGCUGCGCUGCGGAAGCUUCAGGGCGUGCUACUCGAAGCUGAGCGAGGCGAGCGCGGCGGCGCUGCGUCGCAAGGUGGCUGAGCCGAGCGGGUUCGCCGGGCUCGAGCUGGAGGACACGGGCUACGAGACGCUGGCGGCGCUAGUUGCGGCGUGCCGAGCGGACGGCUGGGUGCUCGACAAGGCGGCCCUGGACCGGCCUCUGUUCCCCGGCGUCGACGAGGCGACGGGGUUCUUCUUGUUCACCGAGAGCUUCGACGUGCAGCGACUCUGCCGGCGCCUGAUCGAGACGGGGCGCCAGCUGGGCAUGGCCCGGCACAAGGUGGGCGCGUGGAGUCUGCGCAAAGACGCGUGCGAGCAGCCGGCGUCGGCGGGCCACGGCGCCGUCGCGGCGCGAGUGCUGGGCCACCGCCAGGUCAACUCCCGGACGAUGGAUCGGGUCUAUCGCGCAGACCUGCGCACGCGCGAUCUCGGCGCAUACUGGAUGCGGCGCGACGCGCUCGGGAGCGUGGAGCGCGCGCCGCUGACGUCGCUCUCGGCGUCGCGUGUGCCGGAGGUGGGCGGCGUGCGCGGCUUUGGCGACCUGCCGCGGGCGUGCCCGGAGCGGCAGGCGGCGCGGAGCGACGCGAAGGUGGCGGAGGCGUCGGAGGAGGUGGCGGGCGCACGACGCAAGCUGCAGCAGCGGCUCGGCGUCGCGCAGCUGCCGAGGUGCUUCAAGGCGAGCGCGCGUGCAGCUGGCGGCGGCGAGGAGGUGGACGAGUACGAGGCGGCGCAGCGCCGGCUCUUAAAUCGGAAGGGCGAGGCGGAGAGGGACGCGGUGGAGGCGCACCAGCUUUGGCUCUACAAGGAAGGGCAGGAGCGGCUGCGCGCCGCGCCGGCGCUUGUCGUCCGCAAGCGCCCCGAGGGGGCCGCCACACACUCAGAGCUGUACCCCGGGCUGGCCACCCUCGCCGCAUCUGAGCCGGAGCUCCAUGGCAAUGACGGCUUCUUCCUCGAGGCGGCAGACAGCGCCGACAGCGAUGGGGACGGCGCGACAGUAUGCACGAUGCUCCGCGCGCACCUUCGCCUCUUCCCAUGGCAGGCGCACGUCUGGGCCAGGCUGGGUGUGUGCCAGGCCGCCGAGGCGUGCGCCGACUUGGACGGCGAGCCCCUGCCCCUGACACGCCAGGCGGCCUUCGACCUGUACACGUCUGCGGCGGAGGAGCAGGGCCCGGCGCCGGCGCGUGCUUCCUGCGCCACGACGCCAGUCGAGCGGCGAGCACUCGAGAGGCUGCGCGAGAGCGAGGCUGCUCUCGAGCUGGCAGAGUGGCUGGGCGGAGCAGCCAGCGCCACCGCCGCGCGGGAGGCAGUGCUGUCCCUCCUCGCCCCGCCCCGUCUGUGUGCGACCGACGCCCAGGCGCUCGCCGACGGCGGCACUGCGCUGGUUCGCGCCGCGAUCGCUGCACUCGCGGACCCCGACCGACUGACCGCCCCCGGCGGCCCGUUCCGCAAGCUGUGCACUGUCCCAAAUCUGGUGGUGCGUGUCGAAGGGUCGGGGCCAAGUGCGACGUCGCUGCGGCUGGCCCUCGCGGGUCUGCGGGUCUGCGGCGUCGUGACGCUGGUGAGCGACCCUCCCAUGAGCGGAGCGGCGCUCGAGAGGCUGCAGGCUAGCGUGGACGCCGAGUUUGCAGUGGAGAGCGGCAGCUGCCGUGGCGACGGGGACGUGUGCCUGGCCGCUUCGGCAGAUUCGGUUACGGACCGGCUCGCACCUCGCGACCGCGGCCGCCUCGAGCUCAAGCUGCCGGCGCGGCCGCCGUUCGUGCUCGACGCUCCGAUCGGCGGCGGCCCCUCGGCGCUCCGACAGGUUGUCGGCUUGAUGCUGAGGCACCGGCACGUGGAGCUCGACACCUUUUCGGUGGUGCGCGCGUCGCCCGGCUCGGCCGACCAGGUGUGGCACAUGGACGUUGACGACCUCUUUCGAGACGAUGCAAACUUCCAUCGCGAUGCAGCCGGCGCCAACCUGCCUCCUGCGGGGCUGGUCGCGAUGGUGCCUCUCACCAGCCUUGAGCUCGGCAAUGGCAGCAACGGGCCGACCGAGUUCAUCCCUGGGUCGCACCUCCGCUAUUCUCUCGGCGGCGCCGGCGAGAGCGGCUUGUGGUGGCCGUCCGCGGUCGACCUCCUCAACGGGCGACCGGCGUCGCUGUCUGCCUCCUUGCUACAGCGCGGCGUGCGGGACCAGCGUGGAAGGCUCUCCACCCUGACCUUUGCCGCUCCUGCCGGCGCCACGGUCCUCUUUGACAUCCGGCUCGCGCACCGAGGCACCGCCAACCGCUCGCCCCGCCAUCGCGACGUGCUGUACCUGUCGGUCGCGCAGCGCUGGUUCGCGGACCGCGUCAAUUUCAACGAGCGGCAAACAGGCGCUUGGCACGCCCUCGACCCGGGUUUGCAGAGCCUGCUACGCCGCGUCGACCACGAGCAGUACGUGCACGACCUCGAGGCGGAGGUUGCCCAUCUGCGCGAGCUAUGCGGCGGCUCGCAGGCAGCCGUAUGA